AUGGAUUACUACAGAAAAUAUGCAGCUGUUAUUCUGGCUGUACUGUCGGUGUUUCUGCAUCUCCUCCAUUCCUAUCCUGAUGGAGAGUUUGCAAUGCAGGGCUGUCCAGAAUGCAAGCUAAAAGAAAACAAAUACUUCUCCAAGAUGGGUGUUCAAAUUUAUCAAUGCAUGGGCUGCUGCUUCUCCAGAGCAUAUCCCACUCCAGCGAGGUCCAAGAAAACAAUGCUGGUUCCAAAGAACAUUACCUCAGAGGCCACAUGCUGUGUGGCCAAAGCAUUUACCAAAGCUACAAUAAUGGGAAACACCAAAGUAGAGAAUCACACGGAGUGCUACUGCAGUACCUGUUAUUACCACAAAUCUUAA